CAGAUGCCUGCGAAAGCGUCACACGCCCCACCUAUUCGAGUUUUUAUGUGAAAACCGUUAAAACGGGCGCUCCCCUCUAACGUUUGUUCAUCAUCGCCGAAAAUAGUCGCCCGCACGGUUAGUUUUCGACCGCUUUAGCAGCAUAGCGAGACAGUGCGGCGUUAGUGUUGUGUUUAGAGUACUUUGUAGUGUUAGAAGAUGUCUUCGAAAUCGAAAAAAACCUCGACGCCGGCUUCGCAGAUGCCGCAGCGCCCGGCGAGCCCUCUCAGCCCAACAAGACACUCCCGUCUGCAGGAAAAACACGACUUGCAGAACCUCAACGAUCGUUUGGCCAGCUACAUAGAUAAAGUGCGGUAUUUGGAGCAGGAAAACUCGCGUUUGACCAGGGAAGUGCAAACUUCGCAGGAAUGCACUACGCGGGAGAUCACCAACAUCAAAUCCAUGUACGAUGUGGAACUCAGCGACGCCCGGAAGCUUCUGGACGAGACGCACAGGGAAAAAGCUCGCCUGGAAAUCGACGUGAAACGUCUGCUGGAAGAAAACGACGAGUUAAGGGACGAUUUGGCGCGUAAAAGCAAAGAUCUGAUGAUCGCUGACAACUCUGCACGUAUCAACGAAACCAAAGCCAACGAGAUGCAGCUGAAGUACACCCAGGCCAACCAGGAUGCGAAGAAGGCCAUCAACGAUGCCCGAAACUUGGAGAAGGAGCGCGACAAGCUGCGGAAGCUUCUGGACGAGCACCGCAAACAUCUGGAAGAAGAGAGUUUGGCACGCGUCGAAAUUGAAAACGCAAACCAAAGUUUGAGGGAAGAGCUCUCCUUCAAAGAUCAGAUCCACCAGCAGAUCCUGACGGAGACGAGGACGCGCCGGCAGGUCGAGCUGAGCGAGAUCGACGGCGAGUUCGAGAAGAAGUACGAGGCGAAGCUGCGUCAGGCGCUGCAGGAGCUGCGCGCGCAGUACGAGAACCAGAUGGCGACCAAUCGCGAGGAGAUCGAGCUGCUCUACGAGCAGAAGAUCAAGAACCUGCAGGCGUCGGCCAAUAGGAACACGUCGACGGCGGCGAACGCGCUGGAAGAGCUGCGCACGAUUCGCACGCGCAUCGACACGCUCAACAACAGGAUUCAAGGGUUGGAGCAGGAGAACGCCGCGCUGUGCGGCAGGAACAGGGACUUGGAGAAACUUUUGGAGAACGAACGUCUACGUCACGCCGAAGAUCUGGCAUCGCUGGAGGCCGAGCUGGCGCGCAUGCGCGAAGACAUGGCCCACCAGAUGCAAGAGUACCAAGACCUGAUGGACAUCAAGAUAUCCUUGGAUUUGGAAAUAUCGGCGUACAGGAAGUUGCUCGAGUCGGAGGAGGCUCGCCUCAACAUCACACCGUCAGGCAACGACACGCAGGAGGUGACGAUGUCGUCGUCUCGCGCCUCUUCGACGCGCCGCACGCCAGUGCGCGCAGGCGCAAAGCGCAAGCGCACUUUACUUGAAGAAUCUUCGGAGUCUUCUGUCAACGAUUUCAGCGUAAACAGCUCUUGCAAAGGGGACGUUGAAGUUGCAGACGUAGAUGCAGACGGCAAGUUUGUCAAGCUGCACAACAAGAGCCAGAACGAGAUCGCUCUAGGGGGGUGGCAAGUGGUUAGGCGGUGCAACGACGCCGAGACCGUCUUCAAGUUUCACAGGAGCCUUAAGUUGGAGGGUAACGGCUUGGUGACAAUCUGGUCCUCUGAUCUGAACAAGGACCACGAGCCGCCCAGCAAUUUGGUGAUGAAGGGGCAGAAGUGGGUGACUGGUGACAACAUGGUCACCGUGGUGAUCAACAAUAACGGCGAGGAGGUGGCCGUUUCGGAAAGAGUUAAGAGGCAAAUUUCCAGCCGCUUGCUCAGACACCGUGAGGGCGGGUUCGAGGAGCUCCACCACCAGCAGGGGGACCCUCAGGGGGACGACAGAUGUAGUAUCAUGUAAAAAAAGCGCCCCCUGUCUCCCUAACGUUCAACUAGCAUACACAAACGAGUUUUUGUUGGGGAAAACGCGUUCAAAGAGAAAAAGGAUCUGCCGAGGUUUUAUAGCGGCUCUGUAAACCGUUAUACAACCCAUUAUUGGUCGUAUAAGGGUUCUCACAGCUUUAAUAAAACCUGCGGUUGUUCGCGAUGCAGAUUCGUUCGUUAUGAGCCUUUUUAUAUAUUUUUAUUUUACUUUACUUAUUACCUAGUAUUAUUGACUUGGUUCGAGUUUGAUUUGCCACAAAAACGCUCUUCCUCGGCAAACCAAACUCAAAUCGAGCGUCAAUUUUUUUACAAGUUCAACAAAAAAGGUUUUUUAAGCGUAUUUUUUGUGUUUAAGGUUAGGAUUCUGUAAUAUUUGUGUUCCAGUAAAAUUGUUUAGUUUUUAUCGUGCCUUAACUUGAAAUUAAACACUUUUCAAUCAAAAAUAACAUUUUUAGGAUACGUUGGUAUCGGAAAAUAGGUUUAGGCCACUCAAAAAUUUUGUUUCGUGUUUAUUAUUACACCUAUAUUAUAAGAAAAAAUAUAUUUUCACAAAAGGAUUUGAUGUUUUUACUUUAUAGACCCUAGUGUAAUAAAAAUUGAAAUAGUUUAUUAA